GCCGGGGCUGCCCCAGCCCCGCGGGAGCCCGGCCGCUCCCGGCCCGUCGGAGCCGCGGCUCGCCGCCCGCCGGCCCGGGCAUGGGCAGCAGCAGCCGCCGCAGCCGGAGGAGGAGCCGCCGGCCCGGGCCCUGUGCGGGGCACCAAGCAGCUCUGUCAAAUCAAGUAUCUGGCGACUGUGACCAUGCGAACCUGGGGAUGAUUAACACCUGUCUUGCUGUUAUUGCUGGUCUGACUGCAGUGCCUGGGAUUGUGUUGGUACCAGAUACAGUGUAUUGCUACAGUGAGGAGCGAUGCCAGCACCACGGAAGUUAUCUAUGUGUGUGAAGCAGAUGGAAAGUGGGCAAGAGGAAAUAUCAUUAUCCUGCCAUUGCACAGAGAGGUCAGGUGCAAGGCCUGACAAUGGCACUGAAUGAGUGCUGCCUUCAAGCCUCCUUCCUGUAAGUGAUAGGACCAAACAAGGCGGUGUGAUGAACAUGCCACUGCAUCAAAUCUCUGUCAUUCCAGCUCAGGAUGUUACCUCUUCCAGAGUCUCCAGGAGCAAGACCAAAGAAAGAGAAGAACAGGCAAAUGUAGGGCAGUCAGCAGCUCUGCUUUCACGGCUCCAUCUCUUUAGGCUGGCUAACAGGAGUCAUGCAACCAAGGGAAGCUGCACUGAGGAUACGCACAUGCAUUCGUGCUGGAAAAUGAAGCUUCAGAAUGAGAAGGCUUUGGGGCAUUCUGUGAGCCGCUCUAGUAACAUCUCAAAGGCUGGAAGUCCAACCUCUAUCACAGCUCCUCAUAGCUUCUCUCGGGCUUCUGUUACACCAUCCAACCAGGACAUCUGCAGUUCCAGUGCAGUGUUUUCUGAAUGUUGUCAUCACAGUCCAGUGCAGUCUGCUGUUGUCUUGAAAAAUCCUCACUGCCAGAGCUCUCUGACACAAGGGGUCACUGUGACAGUAAUCUGUCAGGACACGUUACAUGCAGCAAAGAGAAACUCCCGUGGGCAGGAUCGGGGCCAGGCGCUCAGGUCUGCUAAGAAUGUAAAGCCCACCCGCACUCUGAAAUUCUCCAAGUCCCUCAAUGACGUGGACCAGAAGGCACAGAGCACCAGUGAGUGCUUUGACUACGUGGAGCGAACAUGCUCAGAAGGCAAACUGACCCCGACUCAAGAGCAGUGUUUGAGGAUUAACAAAUUUCAUCUUAAAGAGAGGAAAUCGCUGAAUCUCAGGCCUCUUUCUUUUAGCAAUUCUAAACACUCCUACAUCCCUUCCCUUUCCAUCUAUUCGAGUGCAUCAGGAGGAGCAGAGAACCGCAGUGCUGUACAUAUCCCCUUGCUGGAGGACAGAGUGGACCAUGACACCACAAGAAGCAAAAAACUGCUGCGUUACCUAUUUUCCUUCUCCCACACCUCCAGCACCAGCAGCCUGCAUAAGUUCCACGAACUGGAGAGCUAUUCCAGUCACUUCCAAGCUGAGAAAUCCUCCAGCAUGCUGGUGGAAAGCACAGACUUCUGCUCUGAGGAUAUGGGAGAUGAUGACGUCUUUGAGGACAGCACCUCAAUGAAACUGAGAACAAAAGAGCAGCGGGCACCGCUAUGUUCAGUUGAGAAGGACAGUGACCUUGACUGCCCUUCCCCCCUCUCAGAAAAAUUUCCCCCUCUCUCCCCGGUGUCUGCAUCGGGGGAUACCUGCAGGAUAUGUCACUGUGAAGGAGAUGAUGAGAGCCCUUUGAUUACCCCCUGUCACUGCACGGGAAGUCUUCAUUUUGUGCACCAAGCUUGCCUGCAGCAGUGGAUCAAGAGCUCAGAUACACGAUGCUGUGAACUCUGCAAGUAUGAGUUCAUCAUGGAGACAAAGCUGAAGCCUUUGCGAAAGUGGGAGAAACUGCAGAUGACAGCCAGCGAGAGGAGGAAGAUCAUGUGCUCUGUAACAUUCCAUAUCAUUGCCAUCACCUGUGUUGUGUGGUCUCUGUAUGUCCUCAUAGACAGGACUGCUGAAGAGAUUAAACAGGGACAGACUACUGGGAUUCUAGAAUGGCCAUUUUGGACUAAGCUGGUGGUUGUGGCCAUUGGUUUCACUGGAGGACUUCUGUUCAUGUAUGUACAAUGCAAAGUGUACGUACAGCUAUGGAAGAGACUUAAAGCUUAUAACCGAGUAAUAUAUGUACAAAACUGUCCAGAAACUAGUAAAAAGAACAUUUUUGAAAAACCUGCACUAAUGGAGCCAAACUUCGAAAGUAAAGAAAUGCUUAGGGUUCACCAUUCAGAUACAAACUCUUCACAUUACACAGAGCCAGAAGACUGUGCUGCAGAAAUCCUUCACGUCUGAUUGCUGGGUGGGAGGGGUGAUUCUGUGUGUCCUUGAAGAUUUACGAUAUCAUUGUUUACUGCAAGCUGCUCUACCUUUUUAAAAUCGGCUAACAGCGGAGGGCUGGCGGAUGACUUUUUUUACAUUUGUGUUUUGUUGGAGUUUUUUUAAAUCCCUUCACCAUAUCUGUCAAUGUUAUCAUGGUUGCAUACCUCUCAACAUUGUGUCUCACAUACUGGCUGAUCAAAGAGCCACGGGUAGCUAGGUAGAAUGAGCCUUGGUUGUGGUAUCAAGCAAGCUGCUGUUGGACUGUCAUCAACUGCAUAUGGAGUCUGUUACUUUAGAAGAUGACUCUAAAUGAUUCUGGAAGAUGUGUAGAGUAUGGUUCUGUUGUUUUUUUGUUUGUUUUCUGUUUUUUUUUUUCCUAAGCAUAAUGAAGGAGGUUGUCCCAGAUGCUGCAGGAAAUGAGAGAGCUGGAGACUAAUCUACCGCUAACACCGCCACUAACAUUUUGUCUUAGGCAGCAGGUGUAACAUUACGCUUUACAUAUUGUGAUGAGACUCACAAAGCAUAUAGCACUUUUAAAAAUCUUUAUUUUGUAAUGUGUAUGUCCAAUGAGAAUGAAACUUGAAAGAAUGUGUCAUUUGCAGAACAUUUCUUCAUUCUUUGCCCCAUCCAUUCUUCUAGAACCUAAGACUCUUGCCUUAUUAAAAAAAAAAAAAAAUUAAAAAAAUUCCAACCUGUGAUUUCCAGCACUUGCCCACAUUAUCCUACUAAACAUAACACUAAAAAUCUGCCUCUUCGGGUUUCCUCUGAGGAGCAAUUCUUUUCAAAGGAUAUUGCACUUGUGACUUGUGGAUGUGUACAGUGUUCAUUUUCAAUGAAUAAGGGUUUCAAUGCUCUACUUUAAGGAUUGGUUUUGCUUUUUUGUUUUGUUUUGAACAGGUCAGACCAUCAGCAGAUCUGCACAUAUAUACCUAAUGUAACUUUCAUUCCAGACCAUUGGUAAAGGGUUUGCUGGUACACUGGUAAAAAUGUGAGCUGUUAUGGAAGAAAGAUAUUUAGUCAAUACAGCUGAAAUUAGUUUUCCUUCUUUAGUACCAUGUCACAUGUGAAUUACCCAAGAAUUUGACAUUGUGAGAGGAGGUGCUAAGAUCAACAUUUAGGAAGUAAAUAUUGCAUUAAGUGGAUGAAUUAAAAAAUAUUUGCUGUUUUAGUCCUGAUGUGAUACGUUACAUGCCCGGAGAAUAACUUUGUCUGUUGCUUUGAAUUUGGGACUGGCUAUUUAAUCUGUCAGCCUUAAUGAAAAGAGGGACAAUUUUAAAAUCUGUUUGCAGAGCUUUAGGCAGACUUGCCCAAAGCCUAGGAUGUCUGUUGUCAAUUCACUUGACCAGUUUGCUUCACUGAACCGCUGCCCAGCUUUGAGCCCGCGUUCAACCAAAGUCUCACAUCAGUGUGACUGGGGCGGACACAAAGCCCCACUAAAACUCAGCACAUGAGGCUUCUGUGUUUGAAUGCUAACUUUCUCUACCUGAGCCCAAUCUAAAUCUCUGUAAAGUCUAUGAUAAUUUUCUGAAUGGUGUUACUAGGAAUUGCCCGGAAUUCUCUGCUACGUAAAAGCCUCUACUUACUUGUUGAGAUACUGAAUUAAAUCCCUAGGUUCAGUUCAGGUUUUACUUCAUCCUUUUCAAAUACAGCUUCACUGGGCAUGACCUUUUCAUAAUAAAAGUGGUUGCUUUGACAUAUCCCAAAAAAUAAGAGAUCAUUGAUUUUUUCUUUUUUUUUUUUUUGCUGAAAAUGUACUAUUAAUUUAUUUCUAUGUUAAUCUUUUUUUAAAAAUGCCUGAGAUGGGACUAAGGUAAGAGAACACACACGAUGAGCUGUUGGAAGAGAAGUGUGUGCGUGCAUGCCUCUGUAUGGUCUCAUGCUUGAAGCUUACUGGCUGUGUUCUUCGUGAACAACACGGUACCUUGUUCAUGAGGUGUUUUAAAAUACACAGACUGGCAUGGGUUUGCAUGCUACACUAGGUGUCAGGAUAUUCCAUGCUGAUGUGAUGUAGGCAGACAAGCCCUGCACUCCUUACUGGACAGCAGUCUUCAUGAACAUACACGUGUAGAGCUUGUUGUCUAUGCCUGCCAUAUUUUAAAGUGCAAUUACUAAGACCCUUUCCUAAACUCUGCUAUGAAUGAUCCUGUUCUGAGAACCUGGAUAACACUCAGUCUUGUUCUGUUUUCUUUUUUGAUCUGUGAAAAAGAUUUACUGGAUAAACUCAGAUGGGUUAAUAUCAGGUCUUACAUACCUUCAUAAUUUUCUUCUGAAAUGCUCAGUGCACAAGGCUUUCAUGUCUGCAAGAUGCACAGAAUCAGCUGCGUGCAUCUUGCAGAUGUCUCAUCCAGUCUGUGGCCAGUAGGAGAAAUGAAAACGGACAAGUCCUGGUGUGAAACCUGUUUGUGCUCUAGUUUGCAUCUGAGAGGCACCAGUGUCUGUCUGAUGUUCUGACAGUGCUACUAUGGCAUAUUGUAACACACUCGUCCUGUUUUAAUCACUGUCAUAAAUGAUUCUUGAUGAAGUAUUGUGAAAUCUCAUUUGGCAUUUUGGAAGCUCUGUGCAGCAUAUACCAGUUAGCAUUCAGUGUAUUCAGGACACUGAAUGUUUUUGCUGUGGCACUGUGUAUCCUAGGGAAGAAAAAACAUCUCCAUUAAAAUCGUCUGGGGAAAAAUAAUUGGAGAUAAAACCGUUUUAGCCGGUGUUACUGCUAACCAUCCCAAUUCUCCAGUAGCUCUUACCCGAAAGAAAAUAAUGCCUAGUAUUUAAAUUCUCUUUACUGGUGAGGACUGCUCAAACCAGGAAGGACUGAGAAAGACAUACAUCUGCCAGGACUUCUCAUUUAAGCUGGCCACGCUUGAGCUGAUUCUUGCUUAAUGUUAACAGGGGGCUUCUGGAGCUGCAGUUCUCUGCUUUUACAUGGUGCUAUCAAAUGGUAUAAGAAGGCUGAAUGGUGCUUUUUCCUUCUUGUUUCCUUAAGGAGAUUCUGUUGACUUGUGUUCAGCUUCCAUCUGUAAGGCACUUGUGCUAGUUUGAGUGAGUGCAGUCCUGCCCACCUGGAUGUUGGUAAUGGAAAACACCACCCCCAUCACAUCAGGCAUUCCAGAACUUCCCUUUGGCAGCUUUUGAAAUGACUGAAACAAAGUCUGACUUGUUUUGGUCCUUGUUCCUUGGCCAACAUUAGUUCAGGUUACCUGGGACUUCUCUGGGACAAGAAUUAAAAUAGGAGGGAAUAUAGACUUAGUACCAGCUACUGCAGCCCUUUCUCUAGCUUGCCAGAGCCUUUGCUCUAGAGAUCUGACCAAGGUCCCAUGCUCUUGACUUACGUCCUGCCCAGAAAAGCACUGGUUAUGCCAAGGAAAUCUCCCUUUAGUGCAUCUGCCAGGUCAUGACCGUGCAUUAUGUUACAAGUACAGGUAUGUGCUGCAGAAGAUUGCUCCACUUUAAGAGAUGUUAAAUUCCUAUCAAUUCUCAGGACUUUCUUUGACUGUAAUCCAAUAUUCUGGCUAAAGAGGUGGCCGGACCUGGAGGCAGUGUCAUCUGGUUGAAUGUCAUUGAGGUUGACUUUGCUUCAGCAGGAGGGAUUCAACAGAGGUUACACUGGUACAGAGGUAACUCCCUGUCCAUCCCUCCUGCCACUUCCCUGCGCUGAUCAGGGCACCCGAUCUGCGUGUGUUGGUGCUGCAUCAGGAGCAGUUUCCUCUGCCCUGCCUUUGGCUGGCUAAGUAUGUUACAAAGUGGGACUUGGAGUCAAAUUUCCCCUAGGCUAAGGCACAUUAACAGAGGCUUCUGGUGUAGUCUGCUGCAGAGGUUGUGGCCGGUGCUGAAAAGGAGAUCUAUGAGUCUGGGUUGGGUCCCUUGCAAAUAUGGAGUGAAAGAGGGAAAAUACAAAAGCACGGCUGUUGCUGGCUGGGUUUUCACUGCAUUAUAUUGGAUAUACAAAGAAAACUUCUAAACAGGACUUUUUAUUUUGUGAUUAUUUUUUAGUCUGGAGAUAUUGCGGUGUCUGUAUAUUCCAAUGAAGUACUGAAAGCACUUGUCCUUGUAUAGAAGAUAACUGUUUAAAAAAAUUGCAGCUGAUCUUGUAUUUAGGUAAAACAUCUGUAGAUAGGUAAUUGUAUAAUGUCAAACAACUUUACACUGGCAUGUGUUGUAUAGUUUAUACAAGACACUUCACUGUUCUGCAGGAUUUUUUGGUUAGUAAAUUUCUAGUAACUUAAA